UAUUGUUCGUGAGAAAGUUCGUGUUGUGAUCCGUCAGAGCCUCUGUGUGUCCGGAUAAACCUGUCUGAAUGGACUUUGUGCUGUUCACCUUUUCUUUCUGGAUGUUUUACCUCUGACUCAUCUCCCGGUAGACUACAAACACGUUCAAGUUAGCUUAGCAUGCUAGCUGGUUAGCACCACGGCGCUAGUCAGAGUGACUGUUUGAUGGAGAGCAAACUGUGUUUCUGACGGAGUUUGUGUGGAGAAAAAGUUGGUGUCACUGUGUGAAAAAUGUCUAAAGUCCAAACGGUGAGAGCGCUGGUGGAGCAGCGACUGACUGCGGCUGCUGAAGAGAUAUUUGGGCUGUUUGAAAGAACGAUAGCAGAGUACGAGGAGCAACUUUGUCGUUCAAAAGAGAAGAACAAGCGACAACAGAAACUACUGGACGCUGUUUUCAACCCUAAGAUUCACUCACACAGAGCAGACGUCCAGCAGCUCUCGGUGCGUGAAGAAGAGUUUCCCUCUGAGCAGCAGGAGAGGAGCUGCAGUCUGGACCAGGACCAGGACCAGGACCAGGAGGAGCCAGCACCCCCACACAUUAAAGAGGAACAGGAGGAACCUUGGACCAGUCAGGAGGGAGAGCAGAUUAAAGGACUUACAUUCACUCCUGUCCCUGUGAAGAGUGAAGAAGAUGAAGAGAAACCUCAGUCCUCACAGCUUCAUCAAACACAAACUGAACAGAUGGAAACAGAAGCUGAUGGAGAGGACUGUGGAGGACCAGAACCAGACAGGAACUCUGAUCCAGAGCCACAUUUACAACCAGAUACUGGUGACGAGCCUGCAGACUCUUCUGAAACUGAGACUGAUGACAGUGCUGAUUGGAAGGAGACCAGAGAACCUCAGUCAGGUUUGAACUGUUUGAAAAAAGAUGGCUACCCUGUCAGAGAUUCCAGAUUUAGUGCUGGUGAGAAACGAUUUAGCUGCUCUGAGUGUGAGAAAAGAUUUGGCUACAAGCACGUUCUGAAGAGACACAUGGUUUCUCAUACAGGAGAGAAACCUUUCAGCUGCUCAGUUUGUGAUAAAUGUUACAGUCGUAGUGGGUAUCUGAAGACACACAUGAGAAUUCACGCAGGAGAGAAACCUUUCAGUUGCCAUAUUUGUAGCAAAGGAUUUACACGGAGUUCACAUGUCAAAAGACAUAAAUGUGCUGGCUGUUCGUCCUCAAAGUUUCAAACUGAGGAGAACAAAGAGACAGAGCCUCCAGCCAGCAGCCCACAUGAAGAGAUGAAAACAGAAGCUGAUGGAGAGGACUGUGGAAGAGCAGAAGCAGCCGGGAACUCUGAUCCAGAUGGACCAGAUACUGAUGAGAAGACUGGAGAUUCUCUUGAACCCCCUUCUUCAGUUUGUGACGUUCAGCAGCUGUCGGUGAGCGAAGAAGAGUUUCCCUCUGAGCAGCAGGAGAGGAGCUGUAGUCUGAACCAGGACCAGGAGGAGCCAGAGCCCCCACACAUUAAAGAGGAACCGGAGGAGCCUUCGACCAGUCAGGAGGGAGAGCAGCUUCAGGGGCUGGAGGAGGCUGAUAUCACCAAGUUCACAUUCACUUCUGUCCCUGUGAAAAGUGAAGAAGAUGAAGAGAAACCUCAGUCCUCACAGCUUCAUCACACACAAACUGAACAGAUGGAAACAGAAGCUGAUGGAGGGGACUGUGGAGGACCAGAACCAGACAGGAACUCUGAUCCAGAGCCACAUUUACAACCUGAUACUGAUGAAGAGCCUGCAGACUUUUCUGAACCUGAGACUGAUGACAGCGCUGAUUGGGAGGAGACCAGAGAACCUCAGUCAGGUUUGAACUGCUUGAAAAUUGAUGGUGGUCCUGUCAGAGAUUCCAGAUUUAGUGCUGGUGAGAAACGAUUUAGCUGCUCUGAGUGUGGGAAAAGAUUUGGCUCCAAGCGCAAUCUGAAGAGACACAUGUUUUCGCAUACAGGAGAGAAACCUUUCAGCUGCUCGGUGUGUGGUAAAUGUUACAGUCGUCGUGGGUAUCUGAAGACCCACAUGAGAAUUCACACAGGAGAGAAACCUUUCAGCUGCUCAAUUUGUAAGAAAUCUUUUACAGAAAGUGGAACUUUAAAGCUACACAUCAGAGUUCACACAGGAGAGAAACCUUUCAGCUGCUCAGUGUGUGGUAAAGAUUUCAGUAAUAGUUGGGAUCUGAAGUCACACAUGAGAAUUCACACAGGAGAGAAACCUUUCAGCUGCUCAGUGUGUGGUAAAGGUUUCAGUCGUAGUUGGGAUCUGAAGUCACACAUGAGAAUUCACACUGGAGAGAAACCUUUCAGCUGCUCAGUGUCGAUGAAUACACUGACUGUGUAUUUUUCCUCACUGUGUGUUUCUGUGUUUCCUGCAGACAUUCAGCAGCUGUCGGUGAGCGAAGAAGAGUUUCCCUCUGAGCAGCAGGAGAGGAGCUGCAGUCUGGACCAGGAGGAGCCAGAGCCCCCACACAUUAAAGAGGAACAGGAGGAACCUUGGACCAGUCAGCAGGGAGAGCAGCUUCAGGGGCUGGAGGAGGCUGAUAUCACCAAGUUUACAUUCACUCCUGUCCCUGUGAAGAUUGAAGAAGAUGAAGAGAAACCUCAGUCCUCACAGCUUCAUCAAACACAGACUGAACAGAUGGAAACAGAAGCUGAUGGAGAGGACUGUGGAGGACCAGAACCAGACAGGAACUCUGAUCCAGAGCCACAUUUACAACCUGAUACUGACAAAGAGCCUGCAGACUCUUCUGAACCUGAGACUGAUGACAGUGCUGAUUGGAAGGAGACCAGAGAACCUCAGUCAGGUUUUAACUGUUUGAAAAAAGAUGGUGGUCCUGUCAGAGAUUCCAGAUAUAGUGCUGGUGAGAAACAAUUAAGCUGCUCUGAGUGUGGGAAAAUAUUUAGCAACAGAAGCAAUAUGAAGAGACACAUGGUUUCUCAUGCUGGAGAGAAACCUUUCAGCUGCUCAGUUUGUAAGAAAACUUUUGUACAGAGAGGAAAUUUAAAGGCACACAUGAGACUUCACACAGGAGAGAAACCUUUCAGCUGCUCAAUUUGUAAGAAAACUUUUACACGGAGUGAUACUUUAAAGAAACACAUGAGACUCCACACAGGAGAGAAUCUUUUCAGCUGCUCAUUUUGUCAUAAAUCUUUUAAACAAAGUGCACAUUUAAAGAAACAUGUGUAUCUCCACACAGGAGAGAAACCGUACAGCUGCUCAGUUUGUAAGAAAACUUUUGCACAGAGUGGAAAUUUAAAGAAACACAUGAGACUCCACACAGGAGAGAAACUUUUCAGUUGCUCAGUUUGUCAUAUAACUUUUACACAGAGUGGAAAUUUAAAGAAACACAUGAGACUCCACACAGGAGAGAAACCUUUCAGCUGCUCAGUUUGUAGCAAAAGAUUUGCCUGGAUGUCACAUGUCAAAAAUCAUAAAUGUGCUGGCCACUACUCCUCAAAGUUUCAAGCUGAGGAGAACAAAGAGGCAGAGCCUCCAGCCAGCAGCCCACAUGAAGAGAUGCAAACAGAAGCUGAUAAAGAGGACUCUGGAAGACCAGAAGCAGCCAAGAUCUCUGAUCCAGAUGGACCAGAUACUGAUGAGAAGACUGGAGAUUCUCCUGAACCCCCUUCUUCAGUUUCUGACGUUCAGCAGCUGUCGGUGGGUGAAGAAGAGUUUCCCUCUGAGCAGCAGGAGAGGAGCUGCAGUCUGGACCAGGGCCAGGAUCCAGAGCCACAUUUACAACCUGAUACUGCUGACGAGCCUGCAGACUCUUCUGAACCUGAGACUGAUGACAGUGGUGAUUGGAAGGAGACCAGAGAACCUCAGUCAGGUUUGAACUGUUUGAAAAAAGAUGGCUACCCUGUCAGAGAUUCCAGAUUUAGUGCUGGUGAGAAACGAUUUAGCUGCUCUGAGUGUGGGAAAAGAUUUGGCUCCAAGAGCUAUCUGAAGAGACACAUGAGACUCCACACAGGAGAGAAACCUUUCAGCUGCUCAGUUUGUAAGAAAACUUUUACACGGAGUGAUACUUUAAAGAAACACAUGAAACUCCACACAGGAGAGAAACUUUUCAGCUGCUCAUUUUGUCUUAAAUCUUUUCAACAAAGUGCACAUUUAAAGAAACAUGUGUAUCUCCACACAGGAGAGAGACCAUACAGCUGCUCAGUUUGUAAGAAAACUUUUGCACAGAGUGGAAAUUUAAAGUCACACAUGAGAGUCCACAUAAGAGAGAAACUUUUGAGCUGCUCAGUUUGUCAUAAAACUUUUACACAAAGUGCGCAUUUACAGAUACAUAUGAGAUGCCACCCAGGAGAGAAACCUUUCAGUUGCCAUACUUGUCGCAAAGGAUUUAACUGGAGUUCACAAGUCAAAAAUCAUAAAUGUGCUGGCCACUCGUCCUCAAAGUUUCAAGCUGAGGAGAACAAAGAGGCAGAGCCUCCAGCCAGCAGCCCACAUGAAGAGAUGCAAACAGAAGCUGAUAGAGAGGACUCUGGAAGACCAGAAGCAGCCAAGAUCUCUGAUCCAGAUGGACCAGAUACUGAUGAGAAGACUGGAGAUUCUCCUGAACCCCCUUCUUCAGUUUGUGACGUUCAGCAGCUGUCGGUGAGUGAAGAAGAGUUUCCCUCUGAGCAGCAGGAGAGGAGCUGCAGUCUGGACCAGGACCAGGAGGAGCCAGAGCCCCCACACAUUAAAGAGGAACAGGAGGAACCUUGGACCAGUCAGCAGGGAGAGCAGCUUCAGGGGCUGGAGGAGGCUGAUAUCACCAAGUUCACAUUCACUCCUGUCCCUGUGAAGAGUGAAGAAGAUGAAGAGAAACCUCAGUCCUCACAGCUUCAUCAAACACAAACUGAACAGAUGAAAUCAGAAGCUGAUGGAGAACGCAUCAUUUCAGCGGACGUCCAGCAGCUGUCGGUGGGUGAAGAAGAUUUUCCCUCUGAGCAGCAGGAGAGGAGCUGCAGUCUGGACCAGGACCAGGACCAGAAGGAACCAGAGCCCCCACACAUUAAAGAGGAACCGGAGGAACCUUGGACCAGUCAGGAGGGAGAGCAGCUUCAGGGGCUGGAGGAGGCUGAUAUCACCAAGUUCACAUUCACUCCUGUCGCUGUGAAGAGUGAAGAAGAUGAAGAGAAACCUCAGUCCUCACAGCUUCAUCAAACACAAACUGAACAGAUGGAAACAGAAGCUGAUGGAGAGGACUGUGGAGGACCAGAACCAGACAGGAACUCUGAUCCAGAUCCACAUUUACAACUUGAUACUGGUGACGAGCCUACAGACUCUUCUGAACCUGAGACUGAUGACAGUGCUGAUUGGAAGGACACCAGAGAACCUCAGUCAGGUUUGAACUGUUUGAAAAAAGAUGGCGGCCCUUUCAGAGAUUCCAGAUUUAGUGCUGGUGAGAAACAAUUUAGCUGCUCUGAGUGUGGGAAAGGAUUUAGCUACAAAAGCAAUAUGAAGAGACACAUGGUUUCUCAUGCAGGAGAGAAAUCUUUCAGCUGCUCAGUUUGUACGAAAACAUUUUCACAGAGUGGAACUUUAAAGUCACACAUGAGACUCCACACAGGAGAGAAACUUUUCAGCUGCUCAGUGUGUGGUAAAUCUUUUACAUAUAGUGCGCAUUUACAGAUACAUAUGAGAUGCCACACAGGAGAGAAACCAUUUAGCUGCUCAGUUUGUCAGAAAUCUUUUUCACAGAGGGCUGGUUUAAAGCACCACAUCAGAAUUCACACAGGAGAGAAACCUUUCAGCUGCUCAGUGUGUGGUAAAUCUUUUACCCGUGGGGAAAGUUUAAAGAAACACAUGAGACUCCACACAGGAGAGUAACCUUUCACCUCCUCAGUUUGUAGUAAAGGUUUCAGUGGAAGUGGGCAUCUAAAGUCACACAAAAUAAUUCACACAGGAAAGAAAGCUUUUAGUUGCCAUAUUUGUCGCAAAAGAUUUGCCUGGAUGUCAAAUGUCAAAAAACAUAAAUGUGCUGGCCGCUCGUCCUCAAAGUUUCAUCAAACUAAGGAGAACAAAGAGGCAGAGCCUCCAGCCAGCAGCCCACAUGAAGAGAUGCAAACAGAAGCUGAUGGAGAGGACUGUGGAAGACCAGAAGCAGCCAGGAACUCUGAUCCAGAUGGUCCAGAGACUGAUGAGAAGACUGGAGAUUCUCCUGAACCUGAGACUGAUGACAGUGGUGAUUGGAAGUAAACUAGCAAAACUCAGUCUGCUGUAAAUUCUUAGUAAAAGGUCCUCAUCAGUGGCAAUGAAAGCCUUUUUAUUAACCCCUUGGACCUUUUGGAGGGUGUGGCGGUUCAGUUUGAAGGCUACAGAGAAGAUCAUCACAUAUUGGUAUGAAACUAGAUGAUCUUAGGAAUC